AUGCCCGCCGACCUCAGCGGCACCUGGAACCUGAGCAGCAGCGACAACUUCGAGGGCUACAUGCUGGCCCUGGGUAUCGACUUUGCCACGCGGAAGAUCGCCAAGCUGCUGAAGCCGCAGAAGGUGAUUGAGCAGGAUGGGGAUUCCUUCACCAUCCACACGUACAGCAGCCUGCGGAACUACCUGGUGCAGUUCAAAGUCGGGGAGGAAUUUGAUGAAGACACCAAAGGCCUGGACAACAGGAAGUGCAAGAGCUUGGUCACCUGGGACAAUGACAGGCUCACCUGCAUCCAGAAGGGGGAAAAGAAGGACAGAGGCUGGACCCACUGGAUCGAAGGCGACACGCUCCACCUGGAAAUGUUCUGCGAGGGCCAAGUGUGCAAGCAGACGUUCCAGAGAGCCUGA